AUGUAUGACCAAAAGAAGUGUGCGGCGCGGAUGCCAGGGACCGACAUGAGCACCCGCUCCGCUGGCCCGCUCGCGUCUCCGGAGGGCGACCCGUCCAUCGACGUCUACCCCGACACUCUGGUGGGGCUCGCGUCGGCACCGAACGGCUCACUUGGCCCUUUCAGCACCGCGACGGACCCAACUGUGCGGUGUGGUCCACCAACCCCCGUGGAUGAAAACGACGUUGAUGGGCGGACCGGCGCCACCAUCCACCCCGCUGCUGACUGCCUCUCGAUGCAGCAGCAGCAGCAGGGGGACGCGAAGCAAAAUUUCUCAUCUUCCUCCCUCACCAACGCAUGGGAUGUGUGGCGUGAGGGGAGAUCCAUUGGCAGCGGAUCUCCCAGCUUUUCAGGCUCUUCUUCACACCUCGACGAAUGCCCCUCUCAAUCACCUUCCCUGAGCGAGGACGCUGAUGACCUGGACCGAUUACUGAACCUCCUUUCGUACUUUUUGCCGCGUAUGCAAACCAACGACGGCGGACCCGUUGCUGUGCGCGCAGACCCCAGCGCCACCACCGGGAGGUUUGGGCAGCCGAAGACGAAUAGCCUCGCAAAGGCCUGCAGUUACCCUUCAGUGAGCACGGAGGAGGCGAGGUGGACUGACGAGGCAGACGACACGAAAACCUCGUUUUCUGUUCUCCUACGCUAUCAAUUCCCGACGGAGGAUCCCCACGAGGACGUGAAGGAAGACAGAGCACAUGCACCUGGCAUUUGUGGCACACGACCGGUGCAUCCGCAGCCCUUUCUUGUGAGCCAUUCGAAGAGCCGCAAAGGUGGUGGUGGUCGCAAUGGUAAUGUGUUUAGUGGGACGUGCUCUGUGAGCUUUGGAGCCAAGAACAGCGUAAGAGAGAGGCAGUAG